ACACUCGACUACAUCAUGUCGUCGUCGCCAAUGAUUGUCCAGCGACUUGUGUCGGACGAGGCCAGGAAAUCCCUCGACAGCAUCGUGGCCAAGAUCAGCGGAUAUCCACUCGUCAUCCAGACAUUCAUGACGUUCUACGAGAACUACGACACUCCCCUGUCGGAGCUCGAGGCCACGUUUGCAGGAGCAUUGGAACUGCAGGAUGGCGAGGACGACACGCGGUCGUCGCUCAAGGUGAUUGUGGAUCUGUCGCUGGACUCGCUGAUGAAGCGAGGAGAUGAGGGUAUCGAGGCAGCCAGGCUGUUCGGUGCCCUCAGUCUGGUGGCGCCGGCCAACAUCCAGUUUGAGUUGAUCAAGGAGAUUGCACAGAAGAUGGAGCUCAAGACCGAAGUGACUGAUCUGAUCAAGAUGGUGGUCCAAAGUGGUCUUCUCCGAAGUGGAAACGAGGGACGGUACUCGACGCACUUGCUCACUCAGCUUGUGGCUCGAGAGUAUGUCCAGGCACACGAUGAACUGAAUGUCGACGGAAUCGAAGAUGCAACUGGUAAAGUGCUGAUCAAGCUGACUGACUCGAUGGAUCUCAAGGCACAACAAUUUGCAGAACAUCUCGACAGGUUCAUCAAUGUUACAGUUGCCGAAGGAUACACCAAGCUCGAACAUGUCAGACUCGCCACUCGACAGGGAGAGCUUGCCGAGGAGAGAGGAGGGUUUGGGGCUGCAAGUGAUCGAUUUGAGACCCAUUUCAAGCGGGCUGUGCAGUACUUCGGCACCGAAGAACAUAUUGAAAUCGUUGGGAUCCUGAACCACCUCGGCGACAAUCAUCGCCGGCUGGGCCACUUGGAUCCGGCCGAGGAUUCACUUAACCACGCACUUCGAAUUCUCACUUCGAUUGAAGGACAUACAAGCCAUCCACAGGCUGCGCUCACUCUGCAUCACAUGGGUUUGGUGUCGAAUGAUAGAGGACACUAUGUUGCUGCCAAGGAAUAUUACGAUCGAGCUCUGAAGCAACAACUCGAGACCCAUGGGACACGUAUCCAUCUCGAUAUUGCCGAGACUCUUGAAGAUACUGGAAACGUCCUCUCGGCACAAGGAGAAUACAAGGAAGCCGAGAGACUCUACCACGAGGUAUUUAACAUUCGUCUACAGAUUCAUGGAACGAGGGAACACAAAGACAUUGCAGCGGUGCUUGUAUGUCUUGGUGAUGUCGCCUCCUCCUUGGGCAACUACGAGGUUGCCCUCAAGUACUACCAGGAGGCAUUCGAUAUCAAGACCAAAGUCUAUGGCACACGAGAACACCCCUCAGUCGCCACCACGAUCAGAUGUCUGGGCAAUGUCGCCGACUCCCAAGGCAACUACGAAGCCGCCCUCAAGUACUAUCAGGAAGCACUCGACAUCUCCAUCAAGAUCUAUGGCACACGAGAACAUCCCUCAGUCGCCACUACGAUCGGAUAUCUGGGCUAUGUCGACGAGUCCCAAGGUAACUACGAAGCUGCCCUCAAGCACUACCAGGAGGCGUUUGUCAUCUUGACCAAGACCUUCGAAAACCCCGAGCAUCCGAGCAUCAAAAUAGCUAUGGACAGCAUUUCACGCAUCGAGGAGACGAUUAGGGAGAAAACUCAGCUAGCCACAUCCGCAACUGCGAGUUUUUCCCACAAGAUGUCGUCUGGCCAUGGUCCCAACAAAAUGAAGUGCCUUUUGAUGUGAUGACGACAUUGCCCCCAAUUUGUAGAGUGGAUCCUAUCGAAUACAGUUAGUCAAUGGGUGGGA